AUGGGCACGCCCGCGCAGGACGACGAGCAUGACGCCUGCGGCGAAGUAGCACACGCCGACAAAAAUGGCCGCGUUCUGGUACUGUUCUGGCCGCUGCGGGCCGUCUUUUUUCAGCGCAAUGCCCAGGAUCGGGCUCAGAAACCCAAACACGCCGGUAGCCACCCACGACAGCGACAGGGCAAUGCCCAUCUUGCGCAGCCCGAUGAUGUGCGCGGCCAUCGACGGCUGCGUGAUCCAGAUGGUGCCCAUGAGGGAGCCCUCGAACAGCGCGAAAAUCAGCGCUGUCGGGAAGUUGCGGCACGGGAUCCACAUGGCGAGCGCAAACAGAGCCACGAUCCAGCUCGCGCAGAUGGUCAUGUUGACCGGGCCGAGGAAGUCGCACAGCUGGCCCAUCGUGGGCCUGCCGUAGAUGAUGCCGACGGACGUCAUGGUGGCCACGAGAGACGCCUUGCUGGCGUUGUAGCCGAGCGACCGCGUGAAGUCGGCGAGAUUGUACAUGAGCGUGACGUAGCCAAACAGCGUGAACAUGAUCCACGCCAGGAGACACCAGACGCCGAAGUUCGCCCACACCACCCUGUCGUACACUUUGUAGAUGGGCCGGACGUGCUUGUUGCGGGACUGGAUCAGCACAACGGCGAUGACGUUGAGAAAAGCGCAGAUAAUGGCCUGUGUGCGCAUCGACCACUGGUAGCCGUACCGUGUGAGCAGGGGCUCCAUGCCGAUGUUGUACAAAAUGCCACCGAGCCCGGAGCCCGCCGCAGAAAAGCCCAGCGCGAGAUUACGCUUGCCACCCUUGCCACUCGAGAACCACUGCGGGAUCACGACAAUGCUGGGAAUCGCAAUCAGCGCAAGCGCAACGCCCUGCCACACGCCCUGGGUGAGCACCAGCUGCCAGUACUUGGUGCAGAAGGACGCCAGCAGCAUCGACGCGAGCUGGAACGCGAUCCCGAUCGAGAUGGUGGGCUUGAGCCCGAGCGUGCCCACGAGGUAGUUGAUGAGCGGGCCAAACGAGAGGCCGGCGCCGAACGUGAGCCCGCCCACGAUGCCGUACUCGUACUUGGUUGUGCCGGGAAACACGUCGGAGUUGAGGUACUCCUGGUAGUAUAG